AUGCUGAGGGUUAUUGUGGAGUCCGCCAUAAUUAACCCACCUCUCAGCCCCCCACCCAAACCCUGCAUAAGCAUCUACUUCAGAGAUUUAAAGAAAAGGACUCGUCGGGAGGAAGGAAAUGACCCUGUAUGGAAUGAGACCCUAAUCUGGCACCUCUUGAAUCGACCACUGGAAAAUGACUCCUUCCUUCAAGUCAUCCUUCAAGAUGAGGACUCUAAAAAGAAAGACAGGUUCAUUGGCCUGGCCACUGUCCUGCUCAAGCAGCUGGUGCAAAGACCGAAUGAAGUCUUUUUCGUGAAGAACCUGAUCCUGCUCAACCAUUCCAUGAAGCCCACUGAUUGCACUGUCACCCUACAGGUGGCCCAAAUAUCUGAGCAAGACCCUGACAUGACAGGCAAUGAAGAACCCCUGAGCUCAAGUGUGAAUAAGGUGACCCAGCAGAAACUAAUGGCCCCUGGCUUCACUGCACACAGGGCUCUGGCUUCCAAGCCUCAACACUUCCAGGUUCGGCUGAAGGUGUUUGAAGCCCGACAGCUCCUGGGCAACAACAUCAAGCCGGUAGUGAAGAUAAACAUUGCAGGCCAGCAGCAUGUCACUCGGAUCAAGACGGGAAACAAUCCUUUCUUCAAUGAGCUGUUCUUCCAGAAUUUCCGUGAGGUUCCUGCAAAGUUCUUCGAGGAGAACAUCUUAAUCCAGGUAGUGGACUCCGAAGCAUCAAGAUCCAAAGCAGAGAUCGGGAGAUUCCAGACAGACAUUGGGUUUGUCUACCAUUCCCCAGGUCACACACUCUUAAGGAAAUGGUUAGGCCUCUGCCAGCGACACAAGACCACCAGCGGAGUGAGAGGCUACUUGAAAGUCACCAUCUCUGCCCUCGGUGUGGGGGAUCAGGCGCUGGUAGACCAGAAGCUGCCGUAUGUAACUGACACUGAAGUCCAGAUCUACAAGUCAACAGAAGCUCCAGUCAGCCUGGCUUACUUACAGUUCUUCAUCUACUGUGCAGAGGACCUCCAUUUCAAGAGCCACCAGUCAGCUGCUCCUGCCUUGGAGGUGGAACUGAUUGGGGACAAGCUCAGGACACAGCCACAGAUCCAGUUCGACAGCCCAGUAUGGAACCAAAUCCUCACCUUCCAGAUUCAGCUGCCCUGCCUCUCUAGCUACAUCAAGUUCAGGGUCCUGGACGGCUCCAAACACAACUACCAAGAUGAGAUCGGCUCUGCCAGCCUGUGCCUCAACCAGAUCUCGUCCACCGGCGAGGAGAUCCAAGGGAUGUACUCCGGCUUCCUGCCCUGCUUUGGCCCCAGCUUCCUGAAUCUCCAUGGGGGUAAAAAGGCCCGUUUCAGGAUUCCAGAGGAAGGCGCUUGUAUUCUCGAUGCUGUCAAGGAUGGUUUAGAUUAUCGAGGCCGAGUCUUCCUGGAGAUAAUCACCACAAUCAAGUCUCAGCAAAACACUAUGAUAAAGGACCUGUCUCAAGAAGUGACCCGGGUAGAGAGGCAGCAGUAUCGCCAGAAGUAUGGGCUGUGCGUCAUCUUCCUUUCUUGUACCAUGAUGCCCAAAUUUAAGGACCUGAUUCAAUUCGAGGUCAGCAUGGGCCACUAUGGAAACAAGAUGGAUCCAAACUACAAGCCUCUCGUGUCAACCACACAGUACAGCCCGGUGAUAUAUGAUGGGAAUAUCUACCAUUACGUGCCGUGGUACAACACGAAGCCCGUGGUGGCUCUGACCUCCAGCUGGGAGGAUGUCAGCUUCCGGACGAACUGCCUCAACCUCCUCCACAUCACCCGGGAUCGCCUGAAAGCCAACCUGGACACCCUGAAGUCCAUACGGAACCCGAGGGACCCAGCUCUGCUCCAGCAGUGGAAGAAACUGCUGAAGGAGCUAAUGGAGGACUGCCGGCACCCUCUGCCUUGUAUGACUGAUCAUCCCAAAGCUAAUGACUUGGACAAGAACAAAUGGCAGCUUCGAAGCCAUCUUCUGCAGCAGCUAGCACAAAAGGCCAAGAAUGCCAAGCCAAAAAACAUGGUGGGCACGGUAGAGGACUGGUUGCGCCAUCUCAAUGCUGUGAUUGCUGAGCCCCAGGAGAGCCUUCCAGAAGUGAUGAUCUGGCUGAUGACGAGGCAGCAGCGAGUAGCCUAUGCUCGGGUACCCGCCCACACUGUCCUGUUCUCCCCGGCAGGACCCCUGCACUCUGGCAAGUUUUGUGGGAAGAUUCAGAACCUCCUCUUACAGUACCCAGAAGGGGAAGGACAGGACACACUCCCAGCCCACCUCCGGGUCUGCAUGUGGCUUGGGAAUGUCACACACAGCAAGGACCUGAAGCUCCUCCAGCAGGGCAACAUGGUGGUGUAUGCAGAGACGUAUGAGAAUCAGGCCAAGUACAAAAACCAGUGGGGACAGCAGGGACUGUACCACUGCCCCAACUUCUCAGAUGUCAUGGGACACAAAGCUGUCCCCAAGACAGAUUUCAAGGCUCCCCAGGGAUGGCAUUGGCAGGGCGACUGGAUGGUAGAGCCUCAGAGAAGACUCCUCCUGGACACAGACAUCAACAAGAGCCAGGUGCUGGAAGAGGUGUAUGAGAACCAGAGCCGCAGUGCCUUGGGGGCCUGGGGGCCUGCAGAUAUCCCCAACACAGAUGUGAAUGGACAGCCUGUAGAAGCCCUGGAGAAUGUGAAGUGUCCCCAAGGCUGGCACUUUAAGAAGAGCUGGAUAGUAGAGCUUAACCACGCAGUGGACAGCGAGGGAUGGGAGUAUGGAGUGGGGAUCCCACCCUCCGGCAUGCCCCAGAUCUGGAACUCGGUGGAAAAGACCUACCAUUCCUGCCGCCGGCGACGCUGGGUGCGCGUGCGCUUCCGGAAUCACCAGAAGCUGAGCCAGGAGCAGGAGGCCAUCUCCUUCCUGCAGAUGCAAGACCUCUCUGAGGAGGGAAAGGAGGGCUGGGAGUACGGCACCUUUGACUCCAAGUUCCAUCUGGACCCUCAGCCCACAAGCCGGUUCCGUCGCCGCUGCUGGCACCGGCGGCUGGCACCCAACAAGGCCAGGGGUGUGGCUCCCAUAUUCCUCCUGGAGGGAUCCUUGGCAGUGGAGCUAGAAAACCAACCUGUGAGGAAAUUGGAGAGGACGUUGUCAUGGAAGACCUUCUGGAGGCACACCCCUGAGGAUCCCCGGAUUCCCACCAUGCCUUUCAUCUACUGCGUCUUCAACAAGCCUCACUACUACCAGCUCUUCUGCUAUAUCUACCAGGCCCGGAAUCUGCUGUACAACCAGAUCCUGACCUUUCAGAAGCCUUUUAUCCGAGUGGUAUUCCUGAACCACAGCCUGUGCACCCAGACCCUGCGAAGCUCUGCAGCUCCGACAUGGGCCCAGACGCUCAUCUUCCAGCACCUUCUGCUCUUUGAGAACCCCAAGGAUACCAAAAAGAACCCUCCACUUGUGGUGCUGGAACUGUGGCAGCAUGACUCAGGGGGAAAGGAGAUCUUGUGGGGGCGGAGCAUGUGGCCUCCAGUGGUCUGGCUGAACCUCCAAGGCUGGGUCUUGGCCCCUCUGAGGUGGCACCCCCUUGUCAAAGAGUUGGGAGAGGAAGAGGGCGCGGUCUUGGCGUCCUGUGAGCUGAUCCUAGAGACACAGAAGCUGAAAGACCACCACCUGCCAAUCCUAAGUGUCCCCUGUAAGAAUGGGGUUUACAUGCUUCCCAAGAACAUCAGGCCUAUCGUGAAAAUGAUGGCCAUUGAGAUUAUGGCCUGGGGCCUUCGCAACAUGAAGAAGGUGCGUUAUCCCCAGCUCCUGGUGGAAUGUGGAGAAGAGUCCCUGAAGACAGAACCCAUCAGCAACUUCCAGGAGAACCCCAACUUCCCUUCGUCCACCUUCUUCCUCACAGUGUUCAUGCCUAUGGAGGAGACCCACGCACAGCCCCUGGUGGUAAAAGUGGUGGACAACCAGGUCUUUGGCCAGCAGGUCGUGGUCGGUCAGGCCAACAUUGACUUCCUCCAGCCCUACUUCUGUGACCCCUGGGCUCUGGACUACACACCCGUGAGGCUGCCAACUCUGUCUGUGAAGAAGCCUGAUACUUUCCUGGACUCACUCUACAAGAAGUUCUGGUACAGUCCCAGAAAAGACGAGGAUGACUAUGACCACGAUGUGGACUGGUGGAGCAAGCUAUUGUGGGCCACGAACGAGGACAAGUCCCCGAAGUACAAGUACCAAAGCCACCACACCCUAAAGGUGUAUGACUGUGAGCUGGAGGCAGUUCCAGCCUUCCAGGGCCUGCAGGACUUCUGCCAGACCUUCAAACUUUACCAGGAGCAGCCCAAAGUGGACAGUCCUGUGGUAGGGGAAUUCAAGGGCCUCUUCCGAAUCUACCCCUUUCCUGAGAACCCAGAGGCCCCUAAACCCCCACGACAGUUCUCAUGUUGGCCCAAGACUGAGGAUUUCCCUCAGACUUGCAUGGUACGGGUGUACCUGAUCCGAGCCAUCAACCUGCAGCCACAGGACUACAAUGGCCUGUGUGACCCUUAUGUGAUCCUGAAACUGGGGCAGACGAAACUUGGCAGCCGGGACUCGUACUAUCCCAAUACUCUGGAUCCCAUCUUUGGCACGGUGUAUGAACUCAUUUGUAACAUCCCAUUGGAAAAGGACCUACAGAUCCAGCUAUACGACUUUGACCUAGUUACUUCUGAUGAUGAGAUUGGAACUACUGUCAUUGAUCUUGAGAAUCGACUUCUGUCUAGCUUUGGAGCCCGUUGUGGGCUCUCGAAGUCCUACUGCAUGUCGGGGCCCUUUAGGUGGCGGGAUCAGAUGUCCCCGAGCUCCCUUCUGGAGCGCUACGCCAAACAGAAAGGGCUGCCUCUACCCGUAUUUAACCUGGAGGAUGACUCCGUUUUCUACAAUGGGAAAAGGCUCCAACUGCAGAGCUUUGAGCCCACACCCCCUACCUUGGAGAAUUUGGGACCUAAGAAGGAGCGCCUGGCACUGUACAUCCUGAACACCCAGGGCCUGGUUCCUGAGCACGUGGAGACCCGUACACUGUACAAUAACAGCCAGCCAGGUAUUGACCAGGGGAAAAUACAAAUGUGGGUGGACAUCUUCCCCAAGCUGCUGGGGCCUCCCGGGCCCCCAGUCAACAUCAGCCCCAGGAAGCCCAAACGGUACGAACUGCGCUGCAUCAUCUGGAGCACCACCCAAGUGGACCUGGUUGACCAGACCUUAAGUAAAGAAAAGAUGAGCGACAUUUACGUCAAGGGGUGGCUAUUUGGGCUAGAGGAGGACAUGCAGAGGACAGAUGUCCACUAUCACUCCCUGACCGGGGAUGCCACCUUCAACUGGAGGUUCAUCUUUACCCUGGACUACCUGUCAACUGAGCGCGUAUGCAUCCAAAGUCAGAAGGACUACAUAUGGAGCCUGGAUCCCACGUCAAUGAAGUUUCCGGCCCGGCUCAUCAUCCAGAUAUGGGACAACGAUUUCUUCUCCCCAGAUGACUUCUUAGGGGUCUUGGAGCUGGAUUUAGCAGAUAUGCCCCUCCCGGCUCAGAAAGCCAAACACUGCUCGCUCAAGAUGAUGGAGACGGACUCCAAACAGCCAUCUAUGCAAUGGAAGCACAUGUCUCUCUUUAAGAAGACCAAUGUAACCGGAUGGUGGCCUUGCCAGGUCAACGAUGGUGACAAGUGGCGUUUGUCGGGUAAAGUGAAGAUGUCCCUUGAGAUGCUGCCGGAGAGAGAAGCUUUAAUCAGGCCAGCUGGGCGAGGCCAGUCUGAACCCAACCAAUUCCCUACGCUUCACCCUCCUGUACGCCAUGACUCUCUCUUGUGGUACCGAUCACCUAUUAAAACCAUCUGCUACAUUUUCUGCAAACGCUACCGCUCCAAAAUCAUAUGCUUAGUGGUGACACUGGUCUUAGGGAUUAUACUGUUCAACUUCUUCUAUUCGGCUCCGAGCUAUUUAGCCAUGAAGUUGAUCAAACCUGAAUUUCGGCUGAAGCCUCCCAUUAAAAUAAUCAACCUCAUCAGCUCAGUGAACACCAGCAAUGCCAGUAGUGUCAACUCGUCCGUCUACACCAUGGAGGGCUCCAAGCUACAGCCUUUAAAAGACCAGGAGCCAACACUCCUCCAAGUACCCAAGAAUAACACGACAGCAAUCUUCCCAAAGAUUCCAGUUCCACAGGGCUAGGUGACCUGGCAUCUCUCUCACCUGCCAAGGACCUCGUUGCCUUGGGCUUCCUGGCAGAUACUUGUUGGAGCCUUGACGGCCAUUUGCAAGAACUGUGCAUACUGACUCGUAUGUUUAGAGACCGUGUCUAGCGGGAGAAGCAGAGCUGUAAUUUUCUAGUGAAAUAAACGUUUUUCUA